AUGGAUUUUCCUGAACACCAAGACAUGAGUUCCAAGAGGUCGGCGCUAUAUUUGCUACCAUUGAACAGUUUUGUAAUGAAGCACUACCUUCGAUAUUUACGAAACAACGACAUUAAAUCUCCCUUAGUUGUCAAUGAAGAUAUUGUGCGUUCAGUAUAUAGAUUCGAACUACCAGCUUGUUCUGUCGGUGGCUGUCAGAAUACGUGUAAAUAUUUGUCUUCCUGUCUAAAUGGUCUACUUAAAAUAAAAAUAUCUGAUGACGUAAUAUGUAACGGUGAUGAAACGGAUCCGACUGUUGAGCGGAUACAAGUGCACAGUCGCAAUGGUUUGAAAAAUUAUGGAAGUACGUGUUACUUGAAUGCAUUUUUGCAAUUAUAUUUUCGUUUCAAGGAGCUACGAAAAGCAAUAUACAAUGUAGCUUCACAAGCUGAUGAAACUGGUAUAAUACAUCAACUACAACUGAUAUUUAGUCAGCUUCAAUUAAGCAAAUCAGGAGUGGUCGAUCCCGGUGGUUUAAUUGAAGCAUUACGAUUAUGCAAUACAGAACAACAAGAUGCUCCCGAAUUUCAUUGUUUAUUUAUGAAUUUAUUGGAGGCACGUUUUCAACAAGUCGGUGUAUCUGUUAUUGACAAUUUAAUUAGAGGAGAGUAUAUUUAUGAAACAAUCUGUUCAACAUGCGGUUUCACUUCCCGAUUACCUUCAAAAUUUCUGGAAUUAUCCUUGAAAGUCUCAUCGAAGUCACUACCAGAUUGCAUUAAAGAUUAUCUAAAGGAAGAAUACUUAAUUGGUGAUAAUCAGUACGCUUGUCCUCAAUGUGAUUGUAAACGAGAUGGUGUUAGAAGAGCAUAUAUAACACGCGCCCCACCUCUGUUAUGCAUCCAAUUACUUCGGUUUACUUAUGAUUCAAAAACAGGUCAACGUAAAAAGUACAAAGCUUCUAUUCGUCUGCCUGAUCUACUUGAACUAACAAGAGUUAUCGAUGACAAGAAAACGAAUAAACAAUCAAGUUCUGAACAUUCUGUGGAAUGUUUAAUUGCAGAUUCAGAUCCUUCCUACAGUGCCUAUCGUUUAUGUGGUGUACUUCUGCAUAUUGGUAGUCAACCGACUUCAGGACAUUAUAUAGCUGUUCUUAGAGACUCUUACAAUGAUAUCAGUGUCUCUUCUGAUCAUCACAAUAAAGAACAGCUACCUUCUGGAUGUGAACAAGAAAUGAAAUCAGAUGAAUGUUGGAGUGUUUGUAAUGAUGCAGAUGUCUUCACUAUUCCAUCACAGCAUUUCAAACUAUCUAAAGUUAAUGGGACAGCUAAAUCUUUGCAGGGUUAUUUAACACAUUCAGAAAAUUCAGAAUCACAACAACAAACAACAGAUCAAAGUAAAGUUGACCAGUCUACUGAAAAUUGUUCUCAUCGUAAAGCUAAAAAGCGUCGUUAUGACGCCACAACCACCUCUUCUAUGGAUGUAAAUAAUACUGACUUGAAUGAAAGCAUUGAUGAUACAGUCUGUGAAACUGCAUCACAAAAAAUCCUAUGGCAUAGUUCAACUAACGCGUACAUGCUAUUUUAUGAAGCAGUUGACAACUGUAAUAUAGAUCAAGAAAUUCGUGUCCCCUCCGAAUUACUGAAAACCAUCGAAGAAGUAAAUUUAACUGAACAGGAAAAACUAUUGUCUGAACGAAAAAAGCAGGUGAAUCGUAAAGACCAGAUACUCAACCUCAUAUCCGAAUUGAAACUUCCUGAGCCUCCUGAAAUGCUAUCAGAUGAGCAUAGCGUGUCUUUAGUAUCGACGUCUUGGUUAUCCGAUUGCCUCAAUCAUCCUUUGUUAUUUGAAGAUUCUACAACAUCUACCUAUCAAUCUGAAUCAGAAAAGAAGUCGCUUCUGAAGCUUCAGGAACAUAUAUGCCCGUCUUCGUCAUCUAAUCAGUCUUCCUAUUCUUUACGCUCAUGUCCACAUGGGCGUGUCUCUACUGACCUUGCCGCAGGCUCAUACAGAGCUGUUUCUACUGUAGGCUUUAAAAAGCUUGUUGAAAUUCUUUUGUCGAAGUCAGUUAACAAUGAUACUUCUCACAGUGUCAAAUUCGAUAGAUUUCAACCGUGUAAAAAAUGCAUAUCUUUAAAUAUUGCCUUAUUGAAGAUUGAAAACGCGAUAAAAGAAUUAUCCAAGGAAUUAGAUUAUUUUUCAAGAACAAAUCAUUUGUCUUCCUCAUUACAGAAACGUCUUGAAGAGGGAAAGUGUCAAGGUGAUGCCGCUGGUUAUUAUUUAAUUGGUAAAAGAUCCUUUCGUCAAUGGAAAACUCUUGCACGCCAUUAUACUCGAGCUCUUUACGGUGACAUUGAAACUGAUUCUGAUUCACAAACAAUAAAGCCUGCUCAGACAACAUUGAAUCACGACAUACUUUGUCCUCACAAUCAACUUAGUACAGAAAAUGCUCGUUAUGUACCAGCAAUACUCUGGCAUCAGUUAGUCAACUUAUUCCCUGGUGCUAAUAUCCCAACAUUUCCUAUACAUAUUGCAUACAAUGCUGAUACAGUCAUUGAUUCAUCUAGUAUACUAAAUAAUUCAGAAUCGUCUUGUUCUGAAUGUAAUGCAGUACAAAUUGAUUUAACUAAAAGAGCACUUUGUGAACGUCAAUUACUUCCUGGACUGUUUUUAUCGAAUUCUCAACGUAUGCGCCUUUUACAAUCUGCUGAUGCACAGAUAGAGAGGAAAGGAAAUACUGUUAACAGAUCUAACGAGCUUUCUCUUAAAGAAAGCCGAAAUGAUAUGGAUUCAUGCGUACAAAAUCAAGAUCCAGAUGCUACAAUUUCCAGUGAUAAUAAAUUAAACAAUAGUGCAAUAUACUUAAUUCCUAUGGAUUUUGUGUUACAAUGGAGAAAGUUUAUAAAAAAUCCAACAGCAGAAAAUUUGCCCAGUUCACUUUUAUCCGGAUUAAGUACUGAUGGUGUACUUUGUGAACACAAUCAGAUGCUGAAAACCUGGCAAGUUCUUAUAGAAGAAUCAACAUUAUUUCCUCUUUCUUCUUAUGAAUGGGAUGUCUUGUCGCACGCAUAUCCUAAAACACCACAAGAGAAUAAUAUUCCUUUGAAUGCUAGUGGAUCAGAAACACAACUGCCAUUCUAUCCAGCGAUGUAUUUACUUCCUCGUGAUGAUUGUGAAUCUAAAUGGCAGUUAGAACCAUCUACUUAUAGUACUUUAUGCUCUGAAUGUAAUUCCCAACUAACAACUGGUAAUCAAACUUACAAUAACGCUAGAAUCCGUAUUCGUCUAGUAUCUGGUCUAGAUGAAGCAGUUAGCAGUUGUCUACAUUCAAUUUCUAUCAAUCCUCCUACAACAGGUCCAUUGGUAUCACUGGAUGCUAAAAUUGAAUCUGGCAAUACUUCUAUUCACACUGAAUCCGGCAAUACAAAUCCGGACAUUCCUGAUCAGAAAAUGAAUAAUUUAAAAGAAAUUCAAUCUUAUUUAGCUAAACGAGGCGAAAAUGAUUCAACUCCUUUAACUUCACACAAUGGAACCGAUUUAAACAAACCCUCAUCUUCUCUUAAUAACAAUAAUGAUAAUAAUAAAUUUACUCAAGAAGACGGGAAUGGCCAUCAACAUCAUCAGAUUUUAUGUAAUAAUAAUAAUAAUAACAAUACAAAUAAUAUUCAGUCUACUAAUCACUUGGACGCUUCAACUGUAAAUUAUGUUAGACGUUCAACACGUCAACGUUUAAAUCCUAGAGAUUUAUUGGUUAAAGUGAAUAGUAGUGAUACUUUAUUGAAUAUGAAAGUUCAAUUAAUGGAGAUUUUAGGUGUUCUACCAUCUGAACAACAUAUUGUAUCUUAUGGUGUAGAGCUCUUUGAUAACACUAAAACACUACAAGAGUUAGGUAUCUGUUCCAAUAGUAUACUGUAUGUGUGGGCUGAUAAUCCAACAUGGGAUCCUAAUCGAACAUACUGUGACAAUUUAACCUUCAAGUCGACUACACAAAAAUCAAAAUCUGGUAGUCCGUGUAAAUUAACAACUGAACCAAUCCCUACUGAAUCAGGAUUCAAAGGCACUCGAUUACUUGAGUACUGAUGUAAUUUUGUUUUCUCUUUUGUAUUUUCAUCUUUUCCCUAAUAAUCAUAUGUUCCUUUGUCUCUAUUUUGUUAGCUUAGUCCUAAUAUAUAAUAUCAUGAACAACUUCGUGAUUUUAAAUCCCUAUUUUUGCAUGUACUUUCCUUUCGUUUCACUAUUAUUAUUAUUAUUUGACAAGAAGUUAAACCCAUGAGAAUAUUUUUACUAGUGCGUUCAAAUUGUACAUAAAGAGUGUAAUUCAGCUUUGUUAUUAAUAAUUGAUUAUGAG